UGGACGUUGUUCAAGAAGCAGAUUUCACCACAUGCAUGAAACCAAUAUGGAUGGUUUCAAGAGCAUUCGGCUUGGAACCAUUUCAGAUUAUUUUAAAAACUCUUUCUGAUGGCACAAUUCGAUUGAAACCAAAAUAUUCUGUGAAAAAGACUUUACAUACGUAUGCAGUAAUUUUCAUUAUGAUAGUAAGUUUCUUUAUCAGUGCAACCAGGAAUAAAGAAACUUUUCACGAAUCAAUAAAUGUUCCUGGUCCUAAAUUACAAAUACUAAGACUCUUAAAUCUUGUAUCUCGCUACAUGGCAGCUCUGGUGAGCGUAACAGGAAUGUAUAUGCAUGGUAAAUCCAGACUCGAAAUAUAUCAGACGUUCAUGGAGGUUGAUGAAAUGCUUUCUAAACACUCCCGUGUAAACUAUAGAAAUUGGUCCAAAUGCUGCGCACGACAUCUUGCCAUAAUGAUAUUCACACUCUUAGCUUUUACUAUUGCAAGUACAGUUUUUGCCACAUUACAUCGAGACGGCUCUUUAAGAAUCAUCAUUCAGAUCGUGCAUUUUAUUACAGACUUUGUCGUGUUUACCACUACAGCCAGCUACAUAAAUUUAAUACUUUUGAUAUACCAACGUUUGAAAUUAAUAAAUGAAGCGCUACAAACUCAUUUUGAUCUUAUUGUUAUGAGGGUAAAACCUAGUACCGUAAAUUAUUUUAGAAGAAGCACAUUAAAUUAUAUCCAAGAGUCACCACAACGGCCAAAAAAUAUGAUUAUGAACUUGAACAACCGAAAUUCAGUGGAUGAAGGCCUACUAUCUGAUGAACGCGCAAGAUUGAUACAUUCUAUGAGACGGAUAUACAACAAAAUAUAUCAAAUUUCUUUAAUAAUAAACAAAGUUUAUGGCGUUAUCGUAUUAUUCAGCAUAUUCUCAACGUUUGUUACCAUUACUUUGAGUUUGUAUUUUGGUUUAAAAGCUGGCUUCGGUUCAAUAACUUCCCCGAACGACUUCAACCAAAAAUUUCAAGCCACCACUUUCUUUACAUGGUCAUUAGCUUAUGUCGUAAAAACGUUUGCUAUGCUGUGGGCUUGCAAUGCCUCGACUAAUGAGACUAAACGGAUCAACGAUAGGAUACAUCACUCUCUAAUCCAUUGUGGACAGGAACAAGAGAAGAAAACGGCUUUGAAAGAGUUCUCUAGCCAGAUCACCGAUUGCGGCAUGGCGUUCUCGGGUUCAGGAAUUAUAACACUCGAUAUGCCGUUACUUGCUUCAAUGAUGGGUUCAGUGAUGUCAUACCUGCUUGUACUGCUGCAGUUAAACCCCUCCGAAACACCGAGGUAGCGAAACGGAUCUGUACAGCAUGACAUCUAAGAUAAGUUUUAAAUUUCAGUUGCUAAAAUGAAAAAAAAAAU